CGUUAGUUUACUAGUAUGUGCCGAAACUCCGUAUACUCUGGGUAGGCUGGCCCCGCCCCCUCAGACACGUGCCAAAAAUGGCUGGAGGAGCUGAAGACAAGAUAACUGCAGCUCUCAACAGAGAGUUGGAAAUGGUGGAGAAGGAAUGCAUGAGGUCAAUGCAAAGGAAAGCGUUUCUGUGCAGUGCCAAAUGCUGUGAGGACCAGCAGUGCUCGCCAGAAGUACUGCAAAAGUGCCUACACUCUUGCAUGAGGCCAAUGAUGGAGGCCGAGCAAAGUCUCAAAUCUGAAGUUGAGCAGUUUCAGGGGAGAUUGACACGCUGUGCGCAGACGUGUGAGGAUGAAUGUCGUGACAUGGUUCCACCCAACGCUUCACAGCAGGACGUGGACAAAGUACAGAGACAUGCAGACAGUUGCCUCAUGAAAUGUGCCGACGACAACAUAUCACGUAUUCCACAGCUCAUAGAUCGAUUCCGACGCUCCUUAGGCAACAGUAGUAGCAGCAGCAGUAGCAAGUUAUGGUAACAUUUACAAUUAUAUAUACUAUACACAUGUUUAUUCACUGCACUACUUGGUGGACAGUUUUAGUGGUUUAUCACAAUUUCCGACGUUUUGUGGCCAGGCUGAGCUGUCUCUCCAGCUCCUGCACCCUCUUCUUCAGUGAGGACACCUCUCUCUCCGA